UAUCAGUCUUAGCUAAUAGUAGUCAAAGACAGAUUGAAGAGGAAACUAAUAAAAUGGGCCUGAAAACAGCUCCAAAGUUAUGUUUCCUUGCCAUUGGAGCAAUCGCAUUGGUGAUUACUGCAACUGUUUAUAUUUACAAAUAUUCAUCCUAUCGAAAAUCUGGCCAAAAAAGUGAGAGGAAGAUAUCGAUGUUUUACCAACCCCUUACGAAAAGACCAGAUGGCAUAAUACACGUCAUUCAAAAGGCGAUGGAAAUUUCCAGCACCAGAGGGAUUGUGGCAGUGACAGUCGUGAACGAUGCAUACAUCCCGUUGACUUAUAGUUGGCUUUGCAACACAGCUAAAAUGUCGGUUCAUGAUAAGGUCCUCAUCAUAGCAACCGAUGUCGCUGCAUGGAAGAAACUUCAGAGUAGGUGGCCGACUGUUGAAUCCGUUCUUAUACACUUUGAUGAUGAACUGAACGCAAAACUGACUUAUAACGAAGUGAGGUACUUAAGGUACAUGCUAAAGAGGACAGAGUUAUUGCUCCAACUCAUCAACAGCGAUGUCGAAUUUCUUUUAUUUGAGGUAGACGCUGUUUGGUUUUCGUCUCCUUUUCCGUUGCUGAAAAGUCUUCCCCAGUACGACCUCAUAGCUGCUCAAAUCGCAACAACGGAUCACUUUGUUGCGGGUAAUUUUCUCAAUAUGCGUCCUUCUGGUGCCAUGAGAGCGUUGUACACGACUGUUACGCGUAAGCUUAAAGCAGUACUUGACGAUGUACGGAUCCUCCCUGGUUAUUCUAAGCUAAUUACCAACAAAGAAGUGAAUGACCAGACACUUCUUACAGCUGAAUUGGAGUCAACAAAAAAUAGUAGUUUUCAGUUCAAAUUAUUGGAAUUGACUGACGUAGCGGACGGAAAAUGGUACGACGAAGACCACAAAAGAGACGUUAAGCCGCCAUUGAUCAUAAAUAACAACUGGAUCAUUGGAAUUUCGGCAAAAAUUGAAAGAGCCAAGAAGUUCGGGCAUUGGUUCACGUUCAAUAAUAAUACGUGUAACUGGAAGAGAGUUACUGCAAUCGGACAGCAUUAAACUCUGGGAUCAUUUCAGCACACAGAAUUAAUAAUAAUCGGGUGGUUAUUUCGACAACUAUAACCAUGGUUAGUAAACGGUGCAAUUAUCCUAUUCUAAUAAAGACUUCGAAGAUCCCAAAAUUACUAUCACAGUUCCUUAAAAGAUUGCUAUCAAUAACAGAAAGUAAAACUAAACCAAAACUGAUGGUAAUGCAGCAAAAGUUAAAUCAUUAAAUAUUGUAAAUGACAGAAAAUGCCCUUUCAGUAUACAUUGUUAUGUGAUACAAGGUGGUACGCAAGCGUGUUUAUUGUUGGGUCAUCCCUGAAUUCUGGAAUUUUCCCUCCUCUUGAAUGAAGACGAACAAAUAAGCGGUCGUUAUAUGAUCACAAGAAAUAAAAUAUCAUUUAAAUUCCAUGUUACGUAUAUCCAAAAUUGAAUUUUUAGAGCAACUUUAUGACAUGCUUCAUUUAUAUUCAAAAUUGAAUUUCUAGAGCAAUUUUGUGAUAUGAUUUCGAUCAUAUAUUCAAAAUUGAAUUUCUAGAGCUAUUGUAAGAUAUGAUAAUGAUAUAUUCAAAAUUGAAUAUCUAGAGCUAUUUUUAAGAUAUGAUGUUGCCCCUUAUCAUAACGUUACCUCCUCGGACCAGUGUUGUCAAUGCUGCUUGCGAUUAGCCACUCCAUCCUUUCCAAUUUUCUUAAAAGGAUAGGUAUCGAUAUGGUGAAUUGAAUUCAACAAUGUUUUUCUCUUAAACCAAUUAUUGAAAACAUUUUGUAAAAAUCACAGUCCUUUAUGUAAUGUUUACUGAUUGACAACAAUUUAA